UCGUUAUCGCAAUCAACAGGCUUUAAAAAUCUGUGCGUCGUACUGCAGCGCGUUAAAGCGUCUGAAAUUUCAGGUGUUCCUCGGGUUUCCCCGUUAAACUAGAGCAGAAAUGUGCAGGAUUAUCAAUCGGCGCCGUUUGGAAUAUUACACGAGCGUUCGGUAUGAUAAACGUCCUUUGUUCGCCGCAGGCGACGUUGUCUGGGUGUAUGCAUCGCCGCCCGCCACGGACGCCUGGUUGGUCUACGAAGCCAAGGUUAUUAAACUACGUUCCUUGUCAUCCCGCUAUCGUGACGAACAACUGAAACUGGAAGCUUACUUGCCGGCGUACGAAGUGCAACUACCGUGGUCGCUGGAACCAUCGCUGCAUGCUACCGACACGUUCUUCGAAAACCACAUGUACAAUCGGCAGCGGCUGACGGCCGAAGAGAUGCUAUGCAUUAUCGGCGAGAACAAUCAGACUGUACUACGCGAUUUGUCCGAUACAAAACGGCGGAAAGUCCCUCGCGACGGCUUAGUGUUCCUAGGCACGUCACAGAUGGCCGCACUGCGCGACUAUGUCGCUAAAUCGGGCGGAAUGACCGAAUCCGAGCAUACGGGCUGCUGCGACUCGGAUCCGGAAUUCGACUGCGACAUCGAAGAAGAAGAAGAAGAAAACCGUACCUUGGAUCUCGAUCGUAUAAGGUCACGCGCCAAAUCGCUUCCCACACCGAAAUCGUUGGCGGCGGCAUCCACUAACAAAAAGCGACCCAAGGACCGGCCAACCAUGUACAUCUGUCCGUACUGUCGGAAUUACACGAAACAGUGCUACGGCGUUGUGCUGCGCCAUAUGCGUGGACAGUAUUCUGCGAAGUGUCCCGCUCAGCCGGCGCGGGCCAAUAAGAAGGACGUCCCGGAGAAGCUGUAGGGCCUCCCCUAUAGAGGGACGGUCACUGAAGGCAUUCUAAAAUGUCCUCGUCGUUCGACGGAUGAGUUUAGCUGCAAUUAUACCAACUUCCGGGUUUGCCGCAUGGCCUUUCUUCGUGUUCCUUGUUCUCGUGGAACCAUGAUGUGUGCUUCUUGAAUUGGAAUUCCGUGUCAUAGUGCGAUUUCAGUACCAUUUCUUUAUUGUCAUCUCUCUACAGUAGCCAACUCCUUUCCAUACCCAAGCAAAACGAAGGUCGG